GUACUUGUAGUUUACUUUGAGGCUUGGCUAGCGAGCUCAUUCUAUCACAAAAUUAAUGGCAAUGGUGUUGUACUUGUAAGGUGGACACAUCAUUAAUUUUUAUGGAAGAUGUUGAUACUCGAAUCCUAUUGAUAAUAGCAUUACUAUUAUUAUCGUCACCUCACACUUUACGUAAAAUUGAAUUCUCAAGUACUUCUACAUGACUAGUAAGAAUAGUGAAUCGUUCCCCGAGUGUCGGCGCUGUGCUACAGUAGUAUUUCCAUCUGAUACGACCGGAGCGGAGCCUCUCCAGUCUUGCCUCAAUGGUAGUUGAACUGACUCUGCUUUCGCCAACUGGUUUGUAAAAUAUUCUGAGAAGGUAGUUCGUCGACCAUGCACGCGUGGCCUGCUGGCCGGGCGAAAUGCCCGUGCUGUGCGAACGUGCUGGUGUUGCUGCUGAGCGCUAUUGCGAGCGGUAUCCGUGCUCAACAAUCCAAUGCUCAAGUUAUUCACCUGGCAUAUCCAUCACAGAUGGCGACAACACUUCUUCUCCCACCGGACAGCGUUUACACAGCCGUGGUCAACAUCUCCACUCUACCUGCAUGGAAAUCCUAUGCAGUGCAGGUACACACACAGAGCCGACCAGUGAUUAUCGGCUCUACAUCAACUGAUGAAAAGCAUGCCAACCACUCUUCAAUAGUGUUUGUCGCUGGAGACACCCCGUCCAUCUCUCUCAGGAACCCAGAUACCGAUGUAAGACCUCUGCUGGUAUAUAUCAGAGUCAAGAUCAACAAAGGGUAUGCUGCGGGUUAUUUCAACGGGAGACUGAUGAAUUCUGAUAUGACCCUGGCGCAGUACAAUGGUAAUCAAUAUAUCAGCUUUUUCAACACAACUGCCGCCAGGUCUUUCACCCUCUACACGUCCGUGUUGACCUCUCCGAGUCAAAUUAGCAUGAUGAAGAGCAUCUUCUCUGUCCAAUCACCUGAAAAUGAAGUGAGAGACAUAGUGCAGAGAGUACAAGGUAAUGAUCAACGUCUGGGAUAUCCGUACGACCCUGAUCUUCACUACGGCACCGUGUAUCAAGCCUGUGCCACUGGUACAGAUGUUGACAUUGCUGCAGACUAUACUGCUUGUUACACACCGCUAGUGCUGUAUCCAUGCAAGCUGGAUUCCACUGCUGAUGCUGCUAGUCGCUGUCGCGGUGUGCUGCCGUUCGGAGAGGUGACUUCCGUCAUUUUAGGGAAAGACUCAAAAGAUCAGGAAUACGUCUUCAAUGUUCCUCUUAGUUCUCUUAAAAGCACCGGCACUGGCACUGGUGAUGUUUGGCGCAAUAUGCUUGUAGAGGCCCACAGCCAGCAGUUGCCUGUAGAGUUUUCCUAUGUGGAGGUGUUGGUCGGAUAUAGCCCCACUCCUGUAGCAGUGGAUGGGCUUAGCACUGGCUUUGCAGUGGUUGCCCUGGACAACCAGACAGAGCAGAUCAUGGUAUCACUGGACCACACCAGUCAGGAUCGGUGGGAUGUGGAUAUUCCAGUGCAGCUGACGGCUAUUCCCUACUCACAAGACCUGGUUCCUGGUGAGGGAGACCGCUCACAGCAACCCUGGCCAUUCCUGAAUCGCAUCAGCGACACUUCUGUCAAGGUGAUGGCACCAUUUGUUUCCACUGCAAGUCCUGUUCAAACUCCAACAGAGUUCGACUACGAGUUCUUCCUGCUACCAAUCAUGCCGGCCUCAAGUUUAUCUGACGUUGCUACUGCACUUGGCAACAUGCAGACUGUUGAUAAGGUUCGCAAGUAUGGCAAGCCGGCUAACGAAGGCAAUGUGACACGUACAUCACACGCAGCAGUAGCGUCAGUAGCAGCGGCACCAGCAGCUUCUUAUCCGUUCGUGCAGUUUACCAAUUUACAAAUAGACUACGGAUAUGUGUUCAACGUGAUCGCAACCGACGUCACCACACAUGAGAGUGUGGCAUAUAUUCCAAUCACCUACUUCAAUUGCUUCUCUAAUGUCAGUCAUGAGCUGCAACAUAGUUAUCCAUGUAAAUAUCAGCUACCACUGAACAGGUCUGAGAUAGUCAGCCUUCACGAUGGCUAUGUGACCACAUUCCUGGUUGAGGGAGUGCCGGCGAACAAGGGUUUCACUGUGGUGCAGAGUCAUGCCCAGUUGCACCGACUCACUGCUGGCCUGGAUCUAUACACAGUGCAGCAUUCACUACAGCUGACAGGAGAUAGCGGUGAAACAGAGCCGCAGAAGAAUCAGCAGACUGGCAGUGCGGAGGCGAACCUGAUGACCACAAUGACAGCUAGGAGUACAGGCAUAGUGACUACAGCAACAGGCUCCUUUGACUACUUUGUCAAGCCAUACUCGAUCGUUGAUGCAGACACACUCAAUAUAGCUAUCAACUACCCACUCCAAGCUCCUAUACCUGGUGGCUGCUGCCCGCUGUGCAGCAAAACAGCCAAACUUCCCGGCGGUGUGUCCAUGGCUAACGCCACCAUAGGUGUUACAUUCGAUGACACAUCCACUACGAUUUCAUUCUACGAUGCGGCAAUGAUCGGUGGGACAGACGCAAAUACGGUCACCUGUGCGCACACACUGGUAUCGGAGGGAGCACACAUCGAGUACGCACUCUACAAAGUCUCGCUGUACGGCAACAACACUUCCAGCAGUAUGUUCACUACACUGAAACAGAUCUCCACUGCGUCGGGUCUACAGGCACAUGGCACUCUGGUUCAAACAUUCGGUGCCGAUAAGGAACUCUAUGAAGUCCGAGUACCGAUUGAGCACGGAAAGGGCCGAGUGUUCGGAGUGGUUGUUACGCUGAAUGACUCGACAGGCAGCGUCCUGGGCCAGUCAGCGUACAUACCUGUUGUGACGUAUGACUGCAGCUACGUGGCAGGGCAGACAACGAACGGACCAGCCGUCUGUAAAAGUAUUCUGCAGCCGAACACAGCUUACUUUGUGGAGGUCAGCCCAACCAAGAAUGCUUCCUUUGUACUCAAUGACUGGCAAGUGUCGGCUUCACAUUGGACAUUUGCUGUGAUCAACGUCCAUGCUCAGAAAUAUGCCGUCCGAGCGUCGCUGACCAUGCCGGCAACAUUGGACACCGGCUCGACCAGCACUAACAACGGUCUGCUGCCUAUUCUGAACCCUAAGGGGGGCAAUGAGGGCACAGACCUGUAUGUUAGUCAGCAUGUCACUGCUGAAUCAACACUUACAGGCGCCGGAGACAGUAGUACGACGUUGGAUUCUAGUGACGAGGAGACUGUGCGAGUUCAGGCUGUUCCUUAUGGACCAUCAGUGCCUAUCCCGGGUGGAUGCUGCAUGACAUGCAGUUUAGACGUUGAUCCAACACUACGCGUAUCCUACACAGGAUUUCGCAGUGAAAUUGAUUUUUACCCUGCUAAUAUCGGUUAUAGUGUUGAACAAGGCACACCUGGCUACUGCGAUAGCUCCUAUGGUCACUCACUAGUAUCAGCCCUUACCUACACCGUCUACAAGUAUGAACUAGACUAUGGGAAGUAUGACCGUGAUACUAUGAUGCAGGGCCUGGAUCGCAUGAGUACAGUGGCCAAUAUCACCAAACAUGCCACCAAGGUGGGAUCGGAGAACUUUGUCUUCCACAACAAUCACAAGCGCACAUUCCUGUCACGGCCAGGCCUCGGUGUUGUGUACAAUGUGUUGGUGGCAGAUCCACGUGACACAAGCAAAGUGGCAGCGUAUUCACCUUUCGUCACGUACAGCUGUGAUUUUGCGGACAAUAGCUGUUCGGAGCUGCACUCUCUGCCAAUCCGUAUUGGCUUGUCAGUUAUUGGUCUACUAGGACUGUUCAUCUGCUUUGCUGGGCAUCGCUUCUACCGCUUUGAGCUGUGCUUCAUGGGCGGAUUCCUACCACUCAUCAUCUCAUUUGUGCUACUCAACGUCUUCACCAGUUUGCAGGUUCCCUGGCUUGUUGUGUGUUCCCUUGUCAUUGCACUCUACUUUGGCGGAGUCCUGUGCUGUACAUGGUACCUCUGGGACUUCCCGCACUUCUUUCAUCUCAUCAUCGGUGUCAUUACUGGGUCAGUGGUUGCCUCCAUCCUGUUCUUCACCCCGUUUGGUGAUAUGCAAUGGUGGCACGAAUCACCCAUCAACUAUUGGGCAGCAUUUGUUGUGGCUACAUUCAUUGUGCCGGUCUUUUCUCUUCUUCUACCUCUCUAUCUCAAUCUUCUGGGCACAAGUUUGGUUGGGAGCUUCACGUUUGUGAUGGCCCUCACUCAGUUUGUGGACAGUAGCUUGUCAAUGAUGGUUGUGGAUAUCGUCCUGCACGCUACGCAGGCAUCAUCCAGCGCUAGCAAUAGCAUAUACAGUGGAUAUGUACUCUCCUCCACUGAUAUCUACCUCUCAGUAGUUGGUGGAGCGUUGUUCCUGAUUGGCUUUCUGGUUCAGCUAGUAUGGCACAAGAAAUCCGGCCGUCCAAACUUCCCACCGUGUCCCACUGCUAAAUCACGCCGUUCACUGGCAGCUGCAAGAUCACGGAAUGCACGUGGCAGGCACCAGGGUCGGGAAGAAGGCGGAUCGUUCCUGGACAGUCCCCCAAUGAGUCCACCUGCCAGUAAUAGCAGCAGCAGUGUGGGUGGUGGUAGCUCGCGCCGUCGCGCACACCACCCGGGGGGCAUCAGGGGCAGCAGUGGCAAUACACGCUACCAGAACUUACAGCCGGUCAGCUCCACCGACCGCGGUUGGACGGUACGAGGGCAGCAGAGACGGGGGCAGACGGCACGCAACACCCAUCGGGCUGCAGGUACCGGUGAACGGGCACCGUUGCUAAGCAACACCCUGACCAAUGACAUGCCCCCUCCAUACGGUAGUGUUCAGGCCAGGGAGGAUCAACCCCUGCCACCUGUCAUUGCUCUUGUACCGUCGCCUGAACAAAGCCUGAAUGCGAGCGGCGUCGCAGCCUCCAUUGAACACCCAUUGUCCACCGCCGAUUGAUGACAGCUAGCCCUCUAAGUGGCUGGCUCUUUUAUUUUAAUUAUUCCCAUGUGUUCUUCCUCUAAGUGUCCCGCUCUUGAUUUUCUUCACUGUGAUCACUGCAUCACCGUCAGCUUGCAAGUUGCCCACUCGGCGCAAGCGGCAGCAAUGGACUGGUUCCACCUUCACCGAUUCUCCUCUACCUCCUCACCCGCUACAGCUACAUGCGGCUACCGGGGAACAUCUUAAAAUUUACACUCUUGUCUUUUUGGAAUUCAAUGGAAACUUCAGUGAUAAUCUCUAAAGCAGCUGAAGCCCAUUCACUUGCUAUUUUAUUCAUUAAUUUUACCGUCACAUACACAUAAUUAUAUCUCCUGCCUGGAGCUGGAUUGACUAAUAUUAUUUUUUCUUGUUGUUUAUAUGCAGCCGUUGUUCGUUUCCGCAGACACCAAGUCCAAUUGGACAAUCACGGAUGGCUAGUGUUGCUCUAAGCGCUGUCCACUUUCUUACUCUGCUGUGUCCAUUUGUCCCGGAAUCCUUCGUCCGCAGAUUAUUCUAUCCUGGUGUUAUUUUUGGAUUCCGCUGCAUGCCUCUAACCCUUGACAGUUUCUGCUGCACAAUACUCGAAGUACAUUGUUUUAAUUUCGGAUGGCAGGUACGCAUCAUCGUGAUGCCGUGCAAACCCAUCAUUUGUCUUGAUCCUAUGUGCACUUGUAUCUACACUACAUGUAUGCCUCCUUCGAAUCUCUGCUCGUAGUCGCACGACUGUAAUCAUUGAUGUGGGAGCCUCUUGUUCAGUGGAUAAUAUUAUAACCGUAUUUUUUUACUCUUGUGCAGUAUGAUGAUAUCCAUGAUAGAAAUCUUGUACUACACAUUCAGAGGUCUUGUACCGCACAAAUCCCAUGGAAGUCUUUAUUUUGCCGAGUGA